GACACCGCCAUAUUUAAAUUUUCAGACGAGUGGCUGUCAGACUGUUCUUUUUCUUCGACGGAACUCUUAUUCUUUGUCUCGUAUUUUGUCCGUCUUUACUGGUUUUUCUGAGAAGGUGAAGAAACUACAUGUAACAGCCAGCAAUGCCGUACAACAGGGGGAAGUUGAAUGCCCUCUUAGGCUGGGUCAAUCUGCUUGGGGUGGGGACAGUUGAAUCCCUGAAAGAGCUCCGGGACGGACAUAUAUUGGUCAGGAUCGUUCAGCUCAUUGAUCCCAAGGUAGAGAGUGAUGCAGAGGAUGCAGAUGGAAGGGCAGAAGUGGUGAAGAGUUUCCUGGAAGGCUUCCAUGUGACCAACUUUGGAAACAACGCAUACCUGAACUGGGACGCCAUCAAACGGGCCAAUGAGGAUGAGAUCGCCAAGGCAGCCACCCUGCUCCUCUACACUGCCUUUAUGAGUGAUGCCCGAGAUCAGUUCAUGUCUAAGAUGGACGGGAGGAUGGGGAAGGACUGGGAGGUCACCAUCAAGGACAUCCUGGAGUUCAACAUCACCAACGAUAGGAAGGGCCCGCGCCCGGACUUCGCAGAGAUCCUCAAAGUGCAAAGUAUGGUGUCGCCUGAUGGCAUCAGCGACGGCGGAGACCGUAAAGGCAGCCUGACCAAUGGGAGCAUCAGGCACUGCUCCGUAGCGACUCCGAUGUCCCCGGGACCGGUGGUGACACGGCUGUUCGACAGCCCCAUGUCACCUGUGCGACACCUGAUGCAGUCUCCGCAGAUGCAGUAUAAGAUUGCUCUCACCAAGGCCCAGCAGCAGGUACAGCAGCUCAAGGUAGAGCUGGGGACUAAAAACCACAUCAUCGAGGAAGGUGACAUCCAGGUCCGGAGGAUGCAGAGGGCGCUUGAACAAAAAGAUUCCGAGAUGCGAGAAUUGGCUGCGAGACUGGAGGGCCUGAGAGCGUUGCAGGAUGAGAACGACGCCCUGCGCUCUGGUGAGGACCAGCGCAAACAGCUGCAGCAGAAGUGUGACAGGCUGACAAAAGUGCUGCAAGAGUACGAAGUCUACAAGAGUGAGUGCCAGGAGUUGAAGAAACACAAUGACCGACUCUUUGAGGAAAAACACCAGAUGGAGGAUUCUUUGAAGAGUAGUAAAGAGAUGGUGCAACAGGUUCAAGAGCUUCAGGCGGAGCUCCACCGUGCAGACCAGCAUGCACAGUCCCUGCAGGAGUCCCUGGCUGCCAAGGACAGGGAGCUGGUCCACAUGCAGCAGGAGAAGGCCCAUGUGCUGGAGCAGGCUCGGUACACCCAGGAGAGACUCCGGGAGACAGAGGAGGAGCUAAGGGAGACCAUGCACAGCAGUGGGGUUGAGUCCAUGGCCCUUGGUGAGUCCCUAGGAGGUAUAAUGGAUAAGCAUGCCCAGCAGCUGGAACAGGAGCUGGCCCUGUUACGGGACACAUGGACCAGCCCGGAGGAGGCUGCCAAACAGGAGGAGAAACACAGAACGGACAUUCAUCAGCUCCAGCAGGACCUUCAGAAUCUCCAGAAUGAAGCCGCGAUGGAGAAGGAAGCUCUCCAGUCCAAGCUGGGUGCGGUCUGCGCAGCCAAGACCGCCAUGGGUGUGACGCUAGAGAACGAGCGCUGGACCUUCCAAGCCAAGAAGGAUGCUUACAGGGAGGAGAUUCUAGAGAUUGGGAGGAAGUUUGAAGGUAGCAAACAGAGGAUAGCGCAGCUUGAAGAGGAGAAUAGCGUCAUCAUGGCAAUGAUGCAGGAUGAAAAGGAUGCUCUCCAUCGUCAACUAGAAGAGAUGUCCGCUGCGGCAGAACAGAAGUGCCUGCAGUUGAACGACCAGCUUAGCCUCCUACAGGAAGAAAAGGCGGCCGUCGUGGCCAACCUUGAGGGCUUCACAGCCAGGAUGGAAACAAAGGUAGCGGGGCUAGAGAAAGAACUGGAACAAACAGCCCACGACAAAACUGCUGCGGAGAGCACGCUUCGCGUUACUACAGAGCAGCUGACCGCUGUAGAAAGGGAGAAAGCAGCAGUAAUGUCGGAGCUGGAGCAGGUCAAGGCUCAGAAAGACAAGGAGAAAGGGCAGCUGCAGGAUCGACUGGUGGCCAUGGCAACUGAGAACUCCGCCCUAUCCGCAGAGCUGGAGAGUAAAGGAAAGCUGUGCCUCACCCUGGAGGCUGAGAAGUCCAUGCUAGCGGAUGCCAUCGGGAAGCUCGGUGCGUCAUCGGAGAAGGAGAAGAACGAACUCCAAACCCUUGUGGAUGGUCUCAACACCGAGCGGGACGGUCUGUUGGACCAAUUAGAGGUCACAAACAGGGAGAAGGAAGACCUACAACGGCAGAACGCAGACCUCCGCACCGAAGUCGACAGCUACACGCAGGACAAGGGAGGCGUCAUGCAGAAAUUAACCGAGGUAGCUGCAUCGAAUGCCGAGCUGAAGGCAAAGUUGCAACAUAGCCGUUUAGACUCCAUCAGCGAUUGCCUAGACAUCCUCAUAUCCUCCCAGGAGGAUUCCAUGGACAGUGUCCGACAAGAGCAUGCGGAGCUCUGCAUGGAAAACAGGGAACUCCUCAAGAAAACGGAAGAGCUGAAGAAGCUCCUAGAAGAAAACUCAGACCAGCUCCACCUCGUGACGGAAGAAAAAGAAGUCAAGAUCUUGAACCUGGAGUUGGAAGUGCGGGAUCUGCAGUGUUCUCGGGACAAAGCGCAGCAGGAAACGUGGUCGCUGCAAGCCGAGAUCUCCCAGAUGGAGAGAGCUGCUGAAGUCCUGAAAGAGCAACAUGCACAAUUGCAGCAGUUAGAGUCAAACAGUCAAGAACAACUGGAGAAGGCGGCAGGCAUGCAGACGGAGCUUCAGUUUAUCCAGGAUAGACUGGUUCUUAGUGAAACUGCAAAGAACAGGGUUGAAGCCCAGAAUAUGGAGCUGUGUUCAGAGAUACAGACCAUGAAGGAACAGGUGUCGUCUCUGGAGUCUGCCAUCAGUGUCCACCAACAGCAGCUCCAGGACAAGGAGGAGGCUAUCACGGUUAAGGACAAGAUAACACAGGAGCUGCAGAGUCAGCUGGAAGUGAACAGAAUGGAGAAAGAAGCAGCACAACAGCAGCUUGUCAUGGUACAGUCAGCGUUAGACCAGGCAGAAGCUGGCAAGGCAGACCUCAGGGGACAGCUCUCUACAGCCCAACAGCACCUGGAGGAAAGUACAGCUGGUAGUCAAGAGCUUCAGAGACAACUUGAGACAGCACAGGUACAGCUAGAGGAGAGGAAAACUGCCAAUGAUGACCUUCAGAGCCACAUAAGUACAGCACAGGAACAGCUCGAGUCUGCCAGGGCCAACUUCCAGUGUCAGCUCCAAAGUGUACAAGGACAGCUGAAGCAGGCUGAAGCUGCUAGGAGUGACCUUCAAAGCCAGCUACAGACAGCUCAAGAACAGCUUCAUAAGAAGGAUACUAUACAAGGUGAACUCCAGAACCAGCUGCAGACAGCACUGACCAGUCUACAGGAAAGCAAAGAUAGCAGAUGUGACCUUCAAAGCCAGCUAAAGACAGCUCAAGAACAGCUUCAUAAGAAGGAUACUAUACAAGGUGAACUCCAGAACCAUCUUCAGACAGCACUGGCCAGUCUACAAGAAAGCAAAGAUGCCAGAUGUAACCUUCAAAGUCAGCUACAAACAGCCCAAGAACAGCUUCAUCAAAAGGAUGCUGCACAAGGUAAGCUCCAGAGCCAGCUGCAGACAGCACAGGCAAGUCUACAGGAAAGCAAAGAUGCCAGGUGUGACCUUCAAAGCCAGCUUCAGACAGCUCAAGAACAGCUUGGGCAAAGAGAUGCUGCACAAGCCGAGCUCCAGAACCAGCUACAGACAGCAUUGGCAAGUCUACAGGAAAGCAAAGAUUCCAGAUGUGACCUUCAAAGUCAGCUUCAACAGAAGGAAGCUGCCCAAAGUGACCUCCAUAAUCAGCUACAGACAGCAGUGGCAAACCAACGAGAAAUUGAAGUUGCCAGGAACAGCCUUCAAAGUCAGCUGCAGACAGCACAAGAGCAGCUUCAACAGAAGCAUUCUGCCCAGACUGACCUACAAGUUCAACUAGAGACAGCAGUUGCAAACCAACAACUGCUUGAAGCUGCCAGGAACAGCCUUCAAAGUGAGCUGCAGACAGCACAGGAGCAGCUUCAACAGAAGCAUUCUGCCCAGACUGACCUACAAGUUCAACUAGAGACAGCAGUUGCAAACCAACAACUGCUUGAAGCUGCCAGGAACAGCCUUCAAAGUGAGCUGCAGACAGCACAGGAGCAGCUUCAACAGAAGAAUGCUGCCCAGACUGACCUACAAGCUCAACUCGAGACAGCAGUGGCAAACCAUCAACUGCUUGAAGCUGCCAUGAACAACCUUCAAGGUCAACUGCAGACAGCACAGGAGCAGCUUCAGCAGAAGAAUGCUGCCCAGACUGACCUACAAGCUCAACUCGAGACAGCAGUGGCAAACCAACAACUGCUUGAAGCUGCCAGGAACAACCUUCAAGGUCAGCUGCAGACAGCACAGGAGCAGCUUCAACAGAAGAAUGCUGCCCAGACUGACCUACAAGCUCAACUCGAGACAGCAGUGGCAAACCAUCAACUGCUUGAAGCUGCCAGGAACAACCUUCAAGGUCAACUGCAGACAGCGCAGGACCAGCUUGAACAGAAGAAUGCUACCCAGACUGACCUACAAGUUCAACUUGAGACAGCAGUGGCAAACCAUCAACUCCUUGAAGCUGCCAGGAACAGUUUUCAAUGUCAGCUGCAGACUGCACAGGAAGAGCUUCAACAGAAGGAUACAGAAAUGAGCAGUCUCCACAGCCAGCUAGAAACAGCACAGGGACAGCUGAAGGAGACUGAAACUGCUCGAAACAUCCUUCAGACACAGCUUGAGCAGACGGAGGCAGGGAGGAACGACCUCCAGACCCAGGUGGACCUGGUGCAGGCUCAGUACCUACAGAACCAGACCAGCUCUGAUGAGGCUGUUGCUGAACUCCGAGUCCAGGCAGCACACUUCGAACAGGAGUGCUCCCAGCUACAGGGGGAAAAACAGCAGCUGCUCAAGCAGUGGGAGGAGAUGAUGGCGUACAAGGUACAGGUGGAACAGCAGCACAGCACCUUGAAGAGGGAGCUGGGUGAGGCAGCUGCGUGCUGUCAGCGGCUGGAGGCCAGCAAUGCAACACUGUGUGCACAGCAGCAGGAGAUGCUCGCUAAAGAAAACAGUUACAGACAACAGGUGGAGACAAUGCAGCACCACAUCGAGGAACAGCUAAGAGGUGUCAAUGAGCUGCAAGGUGCACUGGAGGAGACUCAGAGCCAGAAGAAGUUGCUGGAGGAACAUCUUCAACAGUCGCAGUCCCAGCAGCUGCAGGUGUCUGAACAGCUGAAAAGCUACCAGGUGCACUACCAGGCUAAGAAAGACCGGAUCCAGGACCUGGAGAAGUCACUGCAGAAACAGCAGAAUGCCUAUGAGUCGGUGAAAAUCCAGCUGGAAACAGAACAUCAAGAGAAGAACAAACUGAAGAAGGAAAACUGCAGUCUCUCCACGGAUGUGAAAACAGCCAUAGAAAAACUCAAGGAGGAAGAGGCUACAUCCAAGAAACUUUAUCAACAGGUGCGUUCGCUGGAGGCACAGGUAGACCUGGCCAAUCGGCAGCUUCGGCAGCAGAAGCUCGAGGAGGACGGGCCUGCCCGCAGUACGCGAUCUAGCAGUGUGUUCUUCAUCCCCGCUGAGCACUUCAACGCCACCACAGACAGCAUAGAGGACAGCACUAAUGAUGUGACGUUUGACUUGAGGCCGCGCUCGCGGCACAGCACGACGAGAGAUGACCUUGACAGGACGCUGUCCAACAGCCAGGGGUCAGACGAGAAUGAAGACAGGAAAAACAGGACCAUCAGCACAGACAGUCUGGAAGGGGACAGCCUCGAUACAUCAGUGUACAGCAGGAGUUCACAGGACAGUUCGGUGUCCACACAUAGUCAGCGGCGCCGCACCACGGUUAGUAUCGAGAUGGUCCAGACAGAUGAGUCUCUGUCCCGUAGGUUGUCCCGUACCUCCACGGAGCACGUAGACCUGGGGUCUUCUAUCGGAUCAGCCUCCAGUUGGAGGGGAGCAGCUCCCAGGUUCUUUGUGUCAGAGUGUGAAGAGGAACCAGAGCAGUACGACUGGGACCGCCUCUCCGAGCUGCAAAGAAGAAACACCCUGCAGCCAAGACAUCUUCAGAGCUGUUAUCCCUUAGAAACCCAGGGUGCAGAGUUGGAGGAAACUGAAGACUUGAGUAAGACGAUACGCGGUGCAACACUACGCUCCUCUCAGGCCGCAAAAACCAUCACCCCGGGCAAGAAAAGGAGGCACGAAGUGGAUGAGAACGGUUCUACCAGAAAAAAGACCAUGGUGAUUCCCAGCACACCCAAGUCCAUCUUGAAGACUCCCAAGAAGAUCGCCUCUGCAGCAGCUAGUGUCUUCAAGAAGCCAGGUAAGACUCCCGCCAAGAAGGCAAACACGCCCAACAGGAGGCGGUCACCGCGUCUUCAGGGUCGGGGGAAGUCUCCCGCCAAACGGCAGAACAGGACCUUCAACAAGACGCCCACCAAAACCCCCAAUAGCCUUAAUGUACAGCAGCCUAAGCAGGACCCACGAAGGCAGAGUAUUGCCUUCAACAUCGGCUUCAGCCCCAUGAAGGCCUUCAGGAAGUCUAAUCGCAAGGAGGCGCGGAAGGAGCCGUCACAGCGGAGAAUGAGCAUUGCCAAUGUAAAGACCUUCCUCCACAUGAAUAACUCCAAACCAGACAAGGCAAAGGCAGGCCGUAAACCCUUGGCAACAAGGAACAACGCACAAACAGGGGUGUAACAGCAGGACAAUCGAGUCAGUUUGGUACCCCUGGGUGGAUACAUGUAGUUUGCAGAUCUUCAACAUUGAAAUCAGUGCAAUAGAAAAUUUGGGUAGAGGACACAUUUCAGUGUGAUGGUGAUUAAACACGUAAAUCUUGUAAAUCUAUGUCGUGAACCAGUUAAGUUGGUCUCCUGUAAAAUCAUGCCAGACUUGGCCAGACCUGUUUUCGCUUUAAAGACUACAGCAGCUACAUUGUUCACGGUGAUUCAUAAAAAAGCGUAAUUUGCACAAUGUAUAAAACUUAUCAUCAUGGGUGUUUUUUUUUUAUUGCUAAUUGCUGUAGUAUUGUAAGGGACACUAAAGUGUUCAUAAGUACCAGAGUUGAAUAUUUUCCUAGACUAUUUUAUCAAUAAGAUAGCUCUUAUUACAGGCAUUAUAGAAUUUGGUGAAUCGUUUGUGUUUACUGUUGUACGAACAUUUAAUAAAGGAUUUGUUUGUCCAAUUUUUACAGUAGAAAAGAAAAAGUGUAUGUUGAACAACACUGAUCUGAUAAAGAAUGGAUCUUUAUUAUUGUAGUUCUCUUAUGACAGCCUUAUAAUGCUUAACUGUAUAUAUGUACUGUACAAAUUCUUCCUCUCUAAGGGUGAUCUAUUGUGUGAUUGUUUUCCUAUGUCUGGAUAAAUAAAUAUGAUGUCUGUCUAU